AUGGCUGAUGUCGCCGAACCCCCAGCGCUUGAGCCGCAAGUCGAUAAUGAGAAAGCGCCUAUCUUACAGGAUAAAGAGGAGAUAGAUGUAGAAAAGACCGAGGACCCUGAUCAAGGCAACGACGCUGGUGUCACUGCCGAUGAUGUAGAGGCAGAAGAAGAACCAAAACCUGAUGCUACUGAGGAACAACCACCUUCAGAUGUAGUUGAAAACACCAUGAACGAGGAAGCAGCCCAACAAAAUGUCUCUAUUGACUUUGUCACCAUGGGCAUGUUUAUCAUCGAUGACAUCGACUUUGUUCCACCUACAGAGCCCGUCAAAGACAUCCUUGGCGGCGCCGGAACCUACUCAGCCCUGGGAGCUCGUCUGUUUUCUCCCCCGCCCAAAUCUACCUCUGUGGGCUGGAUCGUCGAUCAAGGUUCCGACUUCCCACCUUCACUUUCAACACUCAUUGACAGCUGGUCCACCUCAGCUCUCUUUCGCCAUGAUGCGCUUCGGCUAACGACACGAGGCUGGAACGGCUACGAAGGCACUGCAGAGAAGCGAGCAUUCAAGUAUAUGACUCCCAAGAAGCGUCUGACCGCUCAGGAUCUUACACCAUCGCUGUUGCAAUCACGGUCAUUUCACUUGAUAUGCUCCCCGAAUCGAUGUAGAGACCUUGUUGCCGAAAUCACGUCGCUUCGUAAGAAGAUUGUACCUCCUGAGUCGUACACCAAACCCAUCUUUAUCUGGGAGCCUGUACCAGAUCUAUGUACCCCCGACGAGCUGCUCAACUGCACCAACUGCUUGCCUCUGGUCGACAUUUGUAGUCCAAACCAUGCUGAACUUGCUGGCUUUAUGGGCGACAGUGGCCUCGACCCAGAGACAGGUGAGAUUUCUACACUUGCUGUAGAGCGAGCCUGCGAACAGCUUCUUGCCAGUAUGCCUUUGCAAUCUUUCUCUCUCGUCGUUCGCGCUGGUGAAAAGGGAUGUUACAUCGCGAAGAACGGAGGAAGAAAACGAGGGCGUGAUCAGAAGACCACCAAGCGACGUAAGAAGGACUACACGAGGGGUGGUCUACAGCAUGAUACCGAUAUGGAAGCUCUAUUCGCUGGCCUACUCCAGGAUGCUGAUGGGAUUGUCGCCCGUGAAGAGAUCGAAGUCGACCCCGGUAUUGAGAAAUGGGUACCCGCAUAUCACACAGAUUCGACAAAGGUUAUCGACCCUACUGGAGGUGGGAAUACCUUCUUGGGCGGCCUUGGAGUUGCGUUGGCGCGAGGUGAAGGCCUCGAAGAAGCUGUGGCCUGGGGUGCUGUUGCAGCAAGCUUCGCCAUAGAGCAAGUUGGUGUCCCAACACUCGGAAGAGAUGCAGAAGGCUGCGAGACUUGGAACGGGCAGAAUGUCGAGGCCCGACUAACAGAAUUCCGCGAACGUCUAUAA